AUGGCAGCUCUCGAUGUCAAUGGUCCCUUGCCCGAGCUGUCUGAGCAGCAGCCGGACGAUCUCAUCCCCGAGUCCCGGGUCCUCAUUAUCAUGACUGGUGGUACGAUUUGUAUGCGACAGUCCCCGUCAGGCUUCAUUCCUGCCAGAGGUUUCCAGGAGCAAUGUCUGGCCCGGGUGCCGACAUUCAACGAUGGUUCGCACCCGAGCAUGAUGGAUGUUGUGAUCAACUCAGACGGAGAGAUCAAAGGACAUCCCGCUCUCCGCACACCACAGACAGCCUAUGGGCGACGGGUGCGGUACACUGUCUUCGAGUUCGAAGAGCUCCUCGAUAGCAGUUCUAUCGAUGCGAAAGGUUGGGCUCAGAUCGCCCACACCGUUGAACGAAACUACACACUUUUCGAUGGCUUCGUCGUCCUCCACGGAACAGACAGUCUCGCAUACACAUGCUCAGCGCUUAGCUUCAUGCUGCAGAAUCUCGGAAAGCCCGUGAUUCUCACUGGAGCACAGGCGCCCAUGCUGGAAUUGCAGAAUGAUGCCACCGAUAACCUUCUCGGAUCACUGGUUGUGGCUAGCCAUUUCAUGAUCCCCGAAGUGUGCCUGUACUUCAACAACCGACUGUUCCGUGGCAACCGGUCGAUCAAGGUCGCGGCCAGUGAUUUCGCUGCCUUCGACUCUCCGAAUUGUCCCCCGCUGGCGGUGACAACCUCCAUGCGGACCAACGUGAACUGGGAGCUGGUCAACCGACCGAAGAGCCUCGAACAUUUCCGUAUCCAGACCAACCUCGACACCACCCACGUGGCAUGUCUUCGUAUCUUCCCUGGUAUCAAGCCGGAGAUGGUCGACGCCGUGCUGAAGCUGGAAGGACUCCGUGGUUUAGUGUUGGAGACGUUUGGCGCCGGUAACGCACCGAGUGGUCAAGACAAUGCCAUGACCAAUGUGUUGGCCGCCGCUAUCAAGAGAGGAAUCGUGAUCGUGAAUGUCACGCAAUGUCUGACGGGAAGUGUCAGCCCAGUCUAUGCCCCAGGCAUGAGUCUCUCUCGCGCCGGAGUCGUCGCAGGACUCGACCUGACCACCGAAGCUGCACUGACCAAGAUGUCGUAUCUUCUCGCUCUUCCCGAUUCCACCCCAGAAUGGGUAGCCAAGAAAAUGUCAGUAUCUCUUCGCGGCGAAUUGACCGAGGUAUCGCAGCCAGUCUUCCGCCAUCCGGACGGGGCGCUCCCAGAGCGCGUUCAGUCCCUCACGGUGCUCGGAUACGCCAUCGCGCAGGGUGAUCUCGAGCGCGUGGAGGAGAUUGUGGCCCGAGAACACCAAUGGUUAUUGAAUGACGCCGACUAUUCGGGCAACACACCUAUCCACCUCGCAGCGACAUCUCCCUCAAUUGAGAUUCUCCGAUACCUGUUGCUCCAGGGUGGCUCCGUGCACUUGCGAAACCGCAAUGGUCGGACGCCGCUGUUCCUGGCGGCCAACGCAGGAUUGUCGGAGCACGUGCUGCUGCUACGCAAGUCUGGAGCGCAUCUGCACUCUGACGAACGCACGGCGGCGCAGUUGUUGGCCCGGCGCCGACCUGGCGUCUGGGGGUUGGCGGGGAUUGGGCCGCGCGAGAGAACCACUUUCGUCGCAAAAGGAGCCCCAGAAGAAACACCGCUCCCGGGUCUUGGCAGACGCGUGAGAAGCUGCGGCGCACGGAUUGGCCGAGCAACGUGGGCUAGCCGGGCUUUGUCAGUCGGCUGUGACGGCGGUUUCUUCGCUAGUUAG